AGUUUCCAAUGUGUCUAUUUUCCCUUACUUUAAGGAAGAGAUGCCUUUGCACGUGUACACACACGUGUUGGUAUAAUUUGAGUGUUUAUGAAUAUUGAGUUUUAUUUAAAACAGUACCUAUAAAGAUGACUAGGUAUGCAAGAGCAAAAGGAUCUAAAGCGUCAAAUGAAAGAUUGCCAAAUGAAGCUACACCAUGGCAUUUAAUGAAACAACAAUUAGAGGAGAGCAAAAAUAAGGAACCUAAGGAAGAAAAGAAAAAGUCAGUAAAGGAGUUAUUAGCAGGACAGCAAACUAGUAAUAUAAUUGCAAACUACAAUCAUGAUUGGGCAGAGUUUGACGACAAGUCCGAAAAUAUAAAGUUAAAGUGUAAACAUAAAUCUCAUGUAAAUCUCAUGAAAGGUUCUAGAAAUGAUGACACUGCUCAUAAAAUUACAGCUAAGAAUAAAAAUAUAGAAAAAUUAGAACAGGCAAAAAAUGGGGAAAUUAAAAGUAUAGACAAGAAAAAUAAAUUUUCUAACAAGAAACAUAAUAUUAAUGAUAUACAAUCAGAAUUUAAUAACAAAGAAUCGAACAUUUUACAAGAUAACAUAAAUUCAAACUCUGCUAUGUUGAGUAAACGACAAAAGCGAAACCUAAAAAGAAAAUUGAAUAAAUCUAACAAUGAUGGAUCCAAAAAGUUUAAAACAACCAUAUCAGAUGUAAAUUCUCAAAGCAAAGUAAAAGAAAAGAAAUUUAAAAAUAAUGAAGAAUAUAAAAGGAAAAAACCAGAUACUGGCAUCCAAACAAUUAUAAUUAAUGGUGUAGAAAUUGAAAUUGUCAAAUAUGAUGGAUUUCCUGUCAAGAAAGAAGAUGCGGAAAGAUUGACAAAACUCAAACAAGACUUAUUAAUGAAAGGUGUACCACAGUCUGAAGUAGAUAUAGCAAUAAAGUUAGAGAGACGUAAAGCUGAGAGAGCACUGGCACGUGCCAAGAAAUUUCUUUGUUUUAAUUGUCGGAAAUCUGGACAUGUCUUGUCGGAUUGUCCUGAACUAGGUGGAAGGGAAGAAGCCGGGACAGGAAUUUGUUUUAAAUGUGGCUCGACGGAACAUACCCAUUUUGAAUGUAAAGUGCACAAAGAUUCUACUUAUAAAUAUGCUAAGUGCUUCAUUUGUCGUGAACAGGGGCAUAUUUCCUCGCAAUGUCCUGACAACCCAAAAGGAGUUUAUCCUGAUGGUGGUUGUUGCAAGAUAUGUGGUGCCGUGACACACUUGAAAAAGGACUGCCCCGACUUAAUAAAGACUAAAGAGGAUAACAUUAUUACAGUACAAAAAAUAGAUAAUUCUGCUGUGGAAUCCUUGUAGAAAGAUAUAAAGAAGUAAAGCAGAGCAACAAGGGAUCUAAAAAUAAAGUUUUAGGAGAUAAUGUAUAAUAUAUACAUGUUGU